UUGUAUACAAGAAGCCAAUUCAUUGAUAAUUUUAUCUAUUAAGUAAACACCGAAACAAAUUAUGAUAUUAAUAAUCCUGUAGUGCAUUAAGUUCGGAACAGUCUCAUACUAUUACUUUAAUAACAAUCAUUUAACAAACGGGGUGUGUCUUGUUAUGAAUUGUUCGUUUAUUACCCGUGUUAUUCGAUUCAAAGUCAUGUUGCCGGUUCUGUGAUAAAUGUUGUGCAAAUUUGGAUCAUCAUAGUGCUAUUUCAAAUAAGUAAAACCCAGUAAUGGUCUCAACAAGAGGUGUCCGAUAUAAAUUUAGCGAAGGAGAACGUGUAUUAUGUUAUGAACCUGAUCCUACAAAAGCUAAAGUUUUAUAUGAUUCCAAGGUUUUAGAAGUCAUUGAAAGCAAAGACAAGCGUGGACGGCGUACUGUGGAAUACCUAAUACAUUUCCAGGGUUGGAAUUCCUCUUGGGAUCGCUGUGUAAGUGAAGACUUUGUCUUAAAAGAUACUGAAGAAAACCGACAGCUCCAGCGAGAUCUUGCAGAAAAAUCACAACUACAACUAGGAGCAUACUUAUAUAGGCGGGAACGCAAGAAGGGUAAUAGUACAAAUUCAACUUCUGGUCCUACUAAAAGAGCAAGACAUGGCUUUAGCGAUGAUGGCUCUUCCACUAGUACUCAGCCAGAUGAAGGUGAAACAGGAGAUACAGACUCUUCGUCUGGUUCUGGGUCUAGUGCACAGCCUAAUUCUCCCCCAAACUCUCAUACUGGUAGAGCAAGUAUAGUACUGCCAUCCGCUCUCAGAGACCGGCUGACGUUCGACUACCACCUGGUGGUGAAGCGCGGGCGCGUGUCUCGGCUGCCGGCCGUGCCGUGCGCGGCGCAGAUCCUCGAGUCGUUCGUGAAGUGGUUCGCGCGCGCCGGCGCGUGGAAUCCGCCGCGCGCGCGCCACGACCCGCCGCACAAGCCCGACAUGCUGGACGUCUCUUGCCGAUUAAAUUUACUUCGCGAAGUGGCAGAUGGAUUACGAGUGUACUUUGAUUUCAUUUUGCGGGGUCAUUUACUGUACAAACAAGAACUCGACCAAUAUUAUGAAAUAUGUGGACAAUAUAUUGAUGAACCUGACAUAAAAACAGAACCAGAGGAUGAAGAUCUAGAAGAAGAGGAAAUGCAAGAUGUGUCUCAAGACGAAGCCACAGCAGAAGAAGACAUGAAAAGUCCCAAGAUUCCAGAAUAUUCUCAUCUUCCUCCCGACCCCGUGCACGGAGAGAAUGGAGAUGAACCAUCCCAUGAAAAUAACGAGACAGAAAAGGAAAGAGAGAGAGAUGCAGAAGCAGAUCGGGAAGCGGAUAGGGAGGUGGAAGCAGAGGCUGAAGCUGAGACGGCUGCAGAAGCGGAAGCAGAAGCAGAAGCAGAGGCAGAAGGGGAGGUGGAUGCGGAAGAGGAGGAGAAAGCGGAUGGGGAGACACGAGCCAGGCGCUCCCCGCGAGCGGCGCCCAGGCACAGUCUCGCAAGGAGGUUACGAUCUCACAAAUCUGCUGUAUCGCAGUCGGAAAACGAAGAGCCGGCGCCUUCCACCUCAACAGGAGAGCAGCGGACUUUCGAAACACUCUCGUCGAGUGCGGGCAGCAGCGGCUCGUCGCUGGGAGAGCGCUGGGCGCGCCCGCCGCCCGCGCCCCCCGCGCCUCCCGCCCGGAACCCGCUGUCGCAGCUGCUGGACAAGGUAGCGAAGUGGCAAAUUGUACCUCGAGAAGAUACCGAACACCUACCUUGCAGAGUUUAUGGAGCGAUUCAUCUAGCGAGACUUUUUGUAAAACUCCCAGAUUUUCUUAAUGCAACACAAAUGCCUGAUUUCAAGUUGAAACUUAUUUUAAAACAUAUAGAUAUGUUUGUACAGUACUUAGAUGAACAUAGCGAGUGGUUUGGUGAAAUGUAUUACGUCACAGACGGAGUUUCGAGAUCUCACUGAGAGUUUUUACAAAAUGUUGAAACAAGCAACGAAGAUAAUGAAAAUUGUUAAACCUUCAGAGAUUAUGGAGAGAAUAUACAGAGCUUUAAUUACAAAUCGGUUUAUAAACGAUUAACGUCAGUACAAUCGACUUCAGUCCUAUUUUAUUGUUAAAUAUUCUGACUAACCUUGGAAUAUUCCAACAGGAUUAUACGUGUAAUUUUACUAAUAAACUGAACUUCCUUUAAAAAAAACAU